AUGGAGUACCUCCAAAAAUGUUUUUUUAAGACCACUAAUUGGAAUGAGGAUAACAUCUUUUCAAAUAUAAAUGCAACUUCGCAAGCUAUUCUAGACUUUCCCAUCCCGAAUGGCCUCAAGGUCGAUUCUUCGUCCAAAACUACAGAUUAUCUGGCUUCAUCAUUCACUUUGUCAAAUUUUCAUCUGAUAAAUGGGUCAUUGGCAUAUUUGUAUUCGCUGUGUCCAUUGACAAAUACAAUGGGUACAAAGGAUGUAUCAUUGCAGGAUGCAAUUGCCGGUUUUAGAAUCAUCGAACCAAUGAUUACACUUCGAAACCAACCGGUAGGUCCAAAGACAAAGAAGCUGCGAUAUAGCAACAAGUAUAACAACAACAACAACAACAACAAAAACAUCAACAACAAGAAAUAUGCCAUGAAAAAGGAUAGCAGAAACUCUUUACUAUAUGGACGAAUGUAUUUCCCAGGCUCAGCAUUGGAAGCCAUGGUCAUUAAAAGAAUCAAUGAAAAUACCCAGUUACUUGUGAAAUGUGUAAGUAAUCCGCAUUUGGAACGAAAUGGGACCAUGAUAGUUUACUUGCAGAACAACACUAUGAAGUACCUGCGUGAGUUGAUAUACUCAACUAACGAAUCCCUUAUUGGUCUAAGGUUUCUUUAUAAUUUAGGAAAUCCAAUCACCAAGAACAUUAGUCCAGCAUUGGCUCCAAAAUUUGAUAAUUCAGUGGUGUCCGUGGGCACGGAGUUGUGGUUUGCAGCUCGAACAAUGAGCCCCGGUUUAUCUACUGCAUUGAGAUAUUCAACUCGCUCAACUUCAACAGGCAAACCAUUGACCAUGACCCUCGCUGUUAACCCCAUACUAGGUCAUAUAUCAUCCACAUAUACAGUGAAGACCUCAGUCGCGUCCACGUUUUGCUCAAAGUAUGACUUUAAUUUCUUUUCGUACGCAAGUAAUCUCUCGCUAGGGUUUGAAUUAUACAGUUAUGCUCGAAACAAAAAUUAUCUUAGCCCUGUGGAAUCAUCGAUGAUGCUUGAACAGCCAACGGCAACAGUACCAGGAUCACUUCAUAACCAGGCAACAAAACCAAGGAGAGAAAGCCAAAGACAAAAGAGCGAGGAUUACAUCUCUAGCUCUGAUUCUGAUUAUACAAGAAUGCAAGUUAAGGAGUUUGGACCAGGUGGGAGAAUAACUAGUGAACAAAAAUCUAAUGAUAGGCUCCCAAAUAAAGUUUCCCCAAUACAAAACAAAAGGGACAGGGGUAGGGAACACUUUACCAAUAGCAGCAGCAAUAAUAGCAAUAGCAAUAUCAACAGCAAUGCCAACACCAAUUUGGAUGCUGCUUUUGAAGAAAAAGUAACCACUGCAUUUCAGAAUCUAGUUAAUGCAAGUGACUUCUCAAGUGUAGUAAAAGUAUCAACAAGCUUGAGAGAUAAAACAGUCAAACUUUUAUGGGAAGGUAGAGUCAAAGAUUUUUUGGUGAGUACAGGUGCUCGAAUCGCAAUAAAUCCCGUGACGAAUGCACCAGAAUUUAGCAAAUUUGGUAUUAAUUUUUCUUACGCUUUUUGA